CUUAUCAAAACACAGGAACAGUUUUAUUAUUUUCCGUUCACCUACAAAGAGUAAAUCGAUAUAUAAAUAUAACAAAAAUGAAGUCUCUUUGUUUAAAAAGUUACUGAACGACGCGCCACUGUUGUUUUUUCUUUUUCUAAACUUAUUAUUUUGAUAUCGACCUUUUUUUCCAGCAUGGAUGUGGAGAGCCCCCAGGCACUGUGCGACCUCUGCUUGGCUCAGGUGUGCAGCAGUUUAGAUGUUUUGUGCAGCCUUCGAGCAGACGGCUCCAUGAGCCUCAUCUGGUCCCCGCUCUUCCCUCAGGAGAUGGCCGACCAACUGCUGCACAAGAUGACAACUAAAGGGAUAUUGAAUGACACAACUGUUGGGAUUUUCCGAAACUCCAAAGAGCUCCGCCUGCGCAGAGCCUCCAUCCGCUCCUGUCCGGUGUCGGCUGAGGCUUUCUGCCUGGCUAUCUGCCCUCACCGGCUCCUGGAAUUAGAUGCCUCCUGGGUCUCUGGGGGUCUGACUGGUGCUAACAUCAUCUCAGGUCUGGCCUCUAGCCCAGAGUGUUGGACUAGUCUGCAGAGGUUGUCCCUCAAUGGCUUACGUCUGGACUGGGGUUCUCUGGAAAAUGCCAGUGUUGGCUUCAGCUCUCUGCAGGGCCUCAGGAUGCUCCAUCUUGCCAACACAGACCUGACAGAUAUUAUCCUUGAGGAUAUUUGUUCUCUCCCUCACCUGGAGACUCUGGACAUCUCCUGCAGUGCCGUCUCAAAGCUUACCGCCCUCCUUGAGUGCAAAAACAGCCUGAGAUCCUUAAUUGCCCACCGGCUGCGGCAGCUGGACAUGUCGCCUGCUAGGUUGUUUUUUGUCUUUACCCAACUUGAUGCUCUAAAGCAUUUGGAUUUUUCAGAUGACCACUUUGCCGUCGAUGACAGUGACGGAAGUGAUGGAGAUGAGACACUGCGGCAGCUUCUAGAGGGGAGUCCUCAGAUCCUGCCUUCUCUUGUUUCUCUGGACAUAUCAGGGAGGAAGAGAAUCAGUGAGGCUGCGAUCAGAGUGUUUGUGGAGUCCAGGAGUGAUCUCAUCUUUUUGGGCCUUCUAGCCACUGGUCUCAGCUCCUGUCAAAUCCUUUCCGCACAGAAAAACCUAAAAGUAACCGGAGAGGCUAAUGAGAACCAGGUGUGUGAGGCACUCAGAAGGUACAGAGAGCGGGAGUGUUUCGUACGAGAGGCCCUCAUCCAUCUCUAUAGUCUAACCACUGACGCUGACAAACCACAUCCAGACAUGCUGAAGUUGGUGGUGAGUGCGAUGCAGAGCCACCCCAGCUCCCUACAUGUCCAUCUGGUGGCCACGGCGUGUGUGUUCAACCUGACCACUCAGGACCUGGCAGAAGCCAUGCCCGUCAGCCUAAUCAGCUCCACUGUUACCCAGCUGUUGCACACCAUGAAGACCUUCCCAAACCACCAGCAGGUGCAAAAAAACUGUCUGCUGGCGCUCUGCAGUGACUACAUCCUGCAGGAAGUUCCUUUUGACAAGUAUUUAGCAGCCGUGCUGGUUAUUAACUGGCUGAGCAGCCACGAGGAUCCGACCCUCCAGAGGAUGGCGGUGGCUGUCAUCUCCAUUUUGGUGGCAAAGUUGUCCACAGAGGAGACAGCACAGCUCAGCAAAGACGUCUCUUUCAUGAAGCAGCUGCUGGCUAUCGUGCAGCAGAAAGCCAUGGUGGGAGUUGUGGACUCCACUCUGAAGUUUGCCCUCAGUGCUCUGUGGAACCUGACAGAUGAGAUGCCCACAGCAGCCCGCAACUUUAUCGAGUGCCAGGGCUUGGAGCUGUACGAGGAGGUUCUGGAGUCCUACUACAAUGAACCCACUGUUCAGCAGAAAGUUCUCGGCCUUUUGAACAACAUAGCAGAGGUGGAGGAGCUGCAGGCUGAUAUGAUGGAUGAGGAUCUUAUGGAGCACAUCCUCAGUCUCCUGCAGGACUCCCAUGUGGAGGUGGGAGUCCGUUACUUUGCAGGAGGGAUUCUGGCACAGCUUGCAUCCAGGGCAGAGGCCUGGACUCUGGACGAUGACCUGCUCACCACUGUGCUGAAGCAGCUGCAUGAGUCGAUAAAAACAUGGACCCAUCUCGAGAGAGAAAUGGUGUCUUACCGGUCAUUCCGUCCAUUUUGCCCUCUGCUUCAACCCCGCCAGGCUUCAGGAGUGCAGCUGUGGGCAGUAUGGGCCAUACAUCUGGUCUGCAGUCAAAACAUUUCACAUUACAGCAGCAUGCUGGAGAAGGAGGGCCUGACUGAACUGCUGAAAGCUUUGGCUGCACACCCUGACACACACAGCGACAUUAAAGGGCUAUCAGGCAGCAUCCUGUCUAUGGUGGAAGAGCAGCGGAGUUGCUCAGGAGCAACAGAGCCUCAUAAAUCUUGACAAAAGUUCAUUUUAUUUGAUUUAAUGUUUUUAUUUAACUCUUUGUCAAAUGUGCUAAACAUACAGCUG